UGCCCACUGUCGAGCCAGAUGACCCGUGCCAGAUGACUCGGUGCCCGCUGUCAUGCCAGUUGUCUCGGAGCCCGCUGUCGUGCCUGAUGACUCGGAGCCCGCUGUCCUGCCAGUUGACUCGGUGCCCGCUGUCCUGCCAGUUGACUCGGUCCCCGCUGUCGUGUCAGUUGACCCGGAGCCUGCUGUCGUGCAAGAUGACUCGGUGCCGGCUGUCUUGCCAGAUGACUCGGUGCCCACGGUCUUGCCAGAUGACUCGGUGCCUGCUGUCUUGCCGGAUGACUCGGUGCCCGCUGUCUUGCCAGAUGACUCGGUACCCGCUGUUGUGCCAGAUGACUCGGUACCCACUGUCAUGCCAGAUGACUCGGUACCCGCUGUCGAGCUUGGUGACCCGGUGCCCGUGGUUCUGCUAGAUGGCUCGGUGCCUGCUGUCGUGCUUGGUGACCCAGUGCCCACGGUUCUGCUAGAUGGCUCAGUGCCUGCUGUCGUGCCAGAUGGCUCGGUGCCCGCUGUCGAGCUUGGUGACCCAGUGCCCGCUGACGUGCCAGAUGACUCGAUGCCCGCUGUCAUGCCAGAUGACUCGGUGCCCGCUGUCAUGCCAGAUGCCUCGGUGCCCGUUGUCGAGCUUGGUGACCCAGUGCCCGCGGUUCUG